AAAUCCGGUCUCUGUAAUAGUGGCGAGAUAUGUCACGAAGGAACGCGAAGGCGGACUUCCAAGAACGCCAAGAAGCCACCGUAGAAGAAGUCCCUCUUCCCCCAAACCCACCAACACGGCACUCUGCUCUUCCAAGAUCACCGCGGUCUCCCAGAGGCGGUGGCAACCAUGGCGAGGGGCGCGCGGUACUCCCGGACGCUCCUCGGCCGGAGAUCCUCCUCGUUCACGCUGAUUCUGGCUGCCCUCUUGACCGCGUCGGUCGUCCUCCUGAUGCUCCUCGCCUUCGGAAUCUUCUCGCUCCCCGUCGGUUCCGACGACCGCGCUAAGCCCGACCUCCGCCCCCGUCGACCCGUCCACGAGGCGAAGGAUGAAAUGGGGCAGAUAGGGGAUCAGUGGACGGAGAUGCUCUCGUGGGAGCCUAGGGCCUUUAUAUACCACAAUUUUCUGUCCAAGAAAGAGUGUGACUAUCUGAUUGAGUUAGCAAAGCCUCACAUGGAGAAAUCAACAGUUGUUGAUAGUGCCACUGGUCGGAGUAAAGACAGCAGGGUGAGGACGAGUUCGGGCAUGUUUCUUAGAAGAGGAAAAGACAAAAUUAUCUGUGCAAUUGAGAAAAGGAUAGCAGAUUAUACCUUUAUACCUGUAGAACAUGGCGAGGGUCUUCAGGUUCUCCAUUAUGAAGUUGGUCAGAAAUAUGAACCACACUAUGAUUAUUUUAAUGAUGAAUUCAACACCAAGAAUGGGGGUCAACGUAUUGCUACCCUUCUCAUGUAUCUUUCUGAUGUUGAGGAAGGUGGUGAAACUGUGUUCCCUUCUGUGAAAGUAAAUAGCAGUUCUUUACCGUGGUAUAAUGAGCUAUCAGACUGUGCAAAGCAGUGUCUUUCUGUUAAACCAAAGAUGGGCGAUGCAUUACUCUUCUGGAGCAUGAGGCCAGAUGCCACUCCAGAUCCAUCUAGUUUGCACGGUGGAUGUCCUGUUAUUAAAGGAAAUAAGUGGUCUUCUACAAAGUGGAUGCGCAUGCAUGAGUACAGGGCUUAGCUACCAAACUAAACAAGGUACUGUGUUCCAUCCUUGUGUCUUGAUGCCUACACUAGAAAGAAAGUUGAGCGUAUUGCAGAUGAACAUAUAUAUAUAUAUAUAUAUUACAUAACUUCCAACACUCCGUUCUUUUUUUGUUGGAACCUAUCACAAGUCUUCUGUGGAGCUAACUUUGUGGUCCUCAACUCCUCAUAUCCUAUGACCACAAUGAAUCAUAAUGCCACCAAUUACAUAUGGGUAUUUUGAUAGACAAGUUCUCAUUUUCAACUAAUCAUUGGAUGUACGCCCCGACCCAUCCAUGUGAAAUCUUCAUUUCCUGUGUCUUAUUUAUGUUUGAUUGGUUUAUGGGACGAUGGUAUGUAGAAACCGAGAUGCUAGCAGGCAAGUUGACCUUUCAAGUUGACGUAGAUGUAAAUUUACUCUGUAAUCAUUUCUUCUUUCAUGUAACCAAAGAAAAAAAAAAUCAAGAAGUUGCAUAUUGAAGUACUUAA